AUGCCAAUCGGUCGACCCGCCACACCAUUUCCUGAUAUGGAUUCUGAUCGUGAUGAUGAUGAACCACAAAGUCAACCAAGCCAUCCUCGACCUCCUUCAAACGUUCGUAAUUACCUCGAUAACUCUGGAGUAUUGAUCACUGGAAGGAUUAGAAGACCAAAUCAAACAUCAAUGAUACCGAUCCCAAGCCCAACUGAUUCAAGUUCAAGAAGACCUUCAAAAGACAUCAAACCAUUGACUCAUCAUCACCACCAUAAACCUGAAGCUUUAGUCGCAGACUUAAGUUCAAGUAACGGCAAGAACCUCAAGAGACUUUCAUUAAUUCUAAAAGGCGAUCCAAAUGAAAUCCUAAAACCAUCCAAGAAAUCUAUCCAUCCAAACACUUCAGUCAAUUCUCAUCGCAACAAUCUAGAUCAUCCAUCUACUUCAAGUUCUACUCCGGGACUUAGUUCUAGUUCUAGUUUGACUCCUACCUCUGGUUCUAGUUCUACUUCAAACGGUUUAGGUAAAUUACAACAAGAACAACUUUUACAUUUAUCAAAACUAAAAGAAAAACAAAAAGAAAAGAAAAAAGAUGAAGAUUCUAAUCGGAAACGUGCUCAAGAAUUGAAAACUAAGAUUUGUGAAGAUACAUUUAAAGAUAACAGACUUUAUACUCUUGAUCGAAUUAAAACUUUUGGUAUUGGUUAUGGUUAA